GGCAAUCCAUCUUAACAUAGAAUUCGAAAGUAAAGUUUUUCACAAAUACAAUGUCUUGACGUCCAUGCUGUACUUCUAAAGCAACAUCGUAAGUAACCGCUAGAUUAUAUAACCAGGCUUUAGCAUACAAUUUCACCGACUGUGUGCAAGUGGUAAGAUCAAAGUACAUCGACAGCGAGUAGCUAUUGUUGGGCCUUACGGUGUGGGGAAGACUCAUCUUGCCAAGCGCCUACUCCAAGAGAAAUAUGACGAAGGAAAAGAUGCAACCACACCUGGCGUGAAGAUAUACCGCCAUAGAUGUAUUAUCCAUAAAGCCGGGCGUUCACGUUGGGUCAGAGGAAAAGAUGACCCAGAAGACCAGUUUGUGCAACACAUGGCAAUUGGAAUACAGGCACCAAGUACAUCACAGCAGCCAGCAGACAGAACACUGUCAGCAGAAAUCCCUCCGGAUUGGGAAGCCCCUCCCCCUGUUGACAGUGGUUCAGAUGACUAUCUUAAAGGAGCAGCAGCCCCUCCCCCUGGUGACAGUGGUUCAGAUGACUAUCUUAAAGGAGCAGCAGGCCCUCCCUCUGGCGACAGUGGUUCAGAUGACUAUCUUAAAGGAGCAGCAGAGAGAAUCAAUGUAAAGGAAAUUGAUCCGAUGCUCUUAGCGAAAAUUGAGGCAAUGGCUCGAGGAAAAACUGUGGAACCUGAGAAGCAGAUAACAAUUUGGGAUUUUGCCGGCCAAGAUAUAUACUACACCACACACCAGACGUUCCUCUCAGAGCAAAACAUCUACCUGUUGGUGUUCCGGCUUGACUUAGGCCUCAACGCCGAGAUCACUGUGUACAGAAGAAAGAAGACAGUAAAAGAGUUUAUAGUAUUUUGGUUGAACUCUAUUCAUAUGCACACAAUUGGAAAAUCGACGGAAGAAGACAAGAAUAUCUGUCCACGCGUUUUUAUUAUUGGAACCCAUAAGGACAAAGUAAAUGCACAGGACGCUGACAAGAUUUUUGUUGAUCUCGGGGAAUAUCUCGACGACAAACAGGUGCUCAAGGGCCACGUCCACGGUUAUUUUGCGAUAAGCAACUUGGCCAGUGAAGUGGAAUUUGAUGGAAUAAAAGGAGCAAUCGAAGAGUUAUGUGACGAUAUCAGCAGUUCUGGUGUUUCAGUGAGUUGGAUUCAACUGGAAAUGAAUUUGGCAAAAAAGAGCGAAGAAAAGCCAAUCAUAAGUAUGGUUGAACUGUGUGAAAUGGCGCAAGUGGUAGGUCUCCCUGACAGAGAGUUACAUGAUAGCUUCAUUCCUGAACAUCACCGUCUGGGAGACAUCCUACACUUCAAAGUGGAUGGACUGGAAAAUGUCGUCAUAAUAGAUCCACUUUGGUUGGCAGAUCGGUUUUCUGAGAUUAUGACCCCAGUCAACAUUAAAUCUGGAAGCGGAUACCUCGAUAUCCAGCAAGGUGAUCUGAUAAGAGGGGUGCUAAAGGAGGAGGUAUUUGAUGCUUAUCUACACAAAAUCAAAAUGACGGAAAGAAAAACUGAUUUGAUUCAACUUAUGCUGCAUUUCGACUUGAUGUUGGAAAUAUCUCAAUCAGUGGAAAAUCCACUUCCAUACUUUGGGAAGAGAACCUUCAUCGUGCCCAGUAUGCUGGUACCCAGUGACAGUGUGGACCCUGCCUUAUCUGAGACGGACCCGAAAAAAUAUUUGCUUAUCUCGUUCCCACAUGUUAUGUUUCAUCCCGGAUUGUUUCAUCGUUUGAUCAUCCGUCUUCUAAGGAAGUAUAAAGCCCAGAGGUAUAAAAAGAAUAUACCAGUAGUUGGGUUUGACCGCGCUUCCUUCCUCCUGGAAGAUGAUAAGUCGGUGCUUCAUCUCGUCAUUGAGGACAAGGAUAUGAAAAUGAUGAUAACUAACGCUUCUCCAAGCCCCACAGGACCUCACAUAUACUCAAAUGCACGACAAACUGUUGUAGAAGAGUUGGAAAUUCUUCUGAAAGCAUACUGCCCUAGAUUACAGUUUUGCUACUGCAUCAGAGAUAAAAAUGACGGUCCCAAUAUUCAAAUAAAAGCAGAUGAUGUCUACAAAAAUGAUUUUGUCUCUAAAUAUGUAGAGAACUCUGCAAAAUCGAUUGAUUUGAGACCAUAUCGUGUUUGGUUUUCAGCGGCAGGGAAAGUACCACAUUCGCCUCAACCUCUGGCUGAAGCGGCAGGGAAAGUACCACAUUCGCCUCAACCUCUGGAUGAAGCGGUAGGGAAAGUACCACAUAAGCUUCAACCUCUAAAUGAAGAGUGUACAAAACAAGAAGCAGCAAACGGUCAGGGAUUUUCACUGGAUCCGUCAAGUCACCACCACCACCAUUACCACUAUAAUACAACAUACUGCACGCACAACAACAUUAACAACUGUCAGUAUGUGCAGGUGGGGAAUGAGAACGUCAUGGAGAGAGUUCCCGAGUUCCUGUCUGAGCCACCCAGUGAUGCUGAACACCUGGACCUCGAUACCAACCCAAGGUGA